CCUUUCUCCUCAGCCUCAUGGCAACUUGGAUCACGGCUGAGGGAUGAACAUGUCCCCCAUAGUGGCCUCUCUGAUCUGGCUUGGGCUGUGUCUGGCUCAGAUCGCUGCUGCAGGGGCUCCGUCCCUCCCUUCAGUGGGCUCCUGCCCAUCUUCCAGCUCAGAACAGAAGGGCACCUCCAUGGCAGGGACCCCCAAACCCUUCAUUAGGGCUGAGCCCGGCUCUGUGGUGCCCAGGGAAGCACACGUGCGUUUCUGUUGCCGGAGCCCAUGGAGAAGUGGGAGUUUUCAGCUUUGGAAGGAUGGAUCAUGCUCAUUUCAGAUAAACUCCUCCAGAGAGCAGGCUGAUGUCUGCUUUCCAAAUUCAGUAGCUGCUGCAGGGAGCUACAGCUGUCGCUACUCCCGGGGACUCCACUGGUCGGAGCUCAGUGCCCCCCUGCAGCUGCUGGUGACAGGACAUUUCUCCAAACCCUCCUUAUGUGGAGCACCAAGUACUGUGGUCUCUGCAGGAGACACAGUGACCCUCCUGUGCCAGGCAUUAAGCAGCUAUUAUAAGCCCAAAUUGACCUUCUUUCUGCUGAAGGCUGGGGUGCCCCAUCCCGUACAGCGCCAGAGCCCAGAAGGGCAUGAGGCCAACUUCACUCUCCCGUCUGUGAAGGCUGAGGAUGCUGGGAGCUACAGCUGCAUUUACUCAGUGGGAGGGAGAGCAUCAUCUCCCAGUGACGCCCUGCACUUGGAGGUGACAGGUGGAAAGGACGCACAUCCCCCCAAGCCAGCUCAAGAUUACACUGUGGGCAACAUCAUCCGCAUAGCUCUGGCAGGGCUCGUCCUCAUCAUCCUGGGCCUCUUCCUGGCUGAGGCCUGGCACAGCCAACAGAGGUCCUGAGAAACAGCCCAGGACCUCCCUGCCCAGGACAUGGGCCAGCCAGGAAAGCAGAGCCAUGGUCUGAGGACUGGGUGGUUUGUUGUGGGGAGAGAUGGGGGGGGGGGGGGCCAGGGGAGCUGUAAAGAGUUUAUCCAAGCCAGUUUGGUGUUAUUCUGUACCUGAGCUUAACAUCAAAGCAUUGCCUGGUGAUCUGUCUGUUGCUGGAUCUCUUCACUAUAAUAAGAGCCUCUAAACAUGUUCAGAGGCUUCUCUAGGGCUGAGUGGCUUCUACAUGUUCCUUCUCAUUUUCUCAGCUGGGGAAGCAGCCAUUGUGUCGAGUCCUGUAUUCAGGUCACAGCCAUAUGGAGCAAUGAUGGAGGCUUUUAUUAUGGGGUUAUAAUGUAAUGGGGUUGCACAAGUUGUCUUGAGAUAAUGUUGUCUAACCAAAUCUUUACUGUAACACUGAAAUAGUGGUUUUAAAAGGGGGGGGGGUCAAUGGGGUAGCUCAGUGGAUUGAGAGCCAAUCCAAGAGACGGGAGGUCCUGGAUUCAAAUCUGGCCUCAGACACUUCCCAGAUGUGUGACCCAGGACAAGUCACUUGACCCCCAUUGCCUAGCCCUUCCCACAACUCUGCCUUGGAACCAAUACACAAUAUUGAUUCCAAGACAGAAGGUAAAGAUUUUUUAAAAACUGAAGUGGUGUGGAAAUAUGUUUUUCCCCUAAUUGCAACACCAAGCGAUGGUUAGAUAAAGAAUGAGAGUGACCCCAAAAUGUGGGAAAAUGAGUUAAUAUUUAUUCCAAUUCACCCCCUGAGAUCCCAUGUUACAAUGGUUUCAAAAGAGGCUGCAUUUUUAACUUUCAUGAGAUCCUAAAUAUCUAUGAAUGUAAUAUGUAAUUGUGGGAAGCAUCUUGGAAAUAGCAGCUUAAAACUUCCUCUGUUGUCUUGACAUUUAUUGCCAGAACAUGAAAGCUGUGUUGAUGUAGAGAAUGCAAAGAAUUACACCCUCCUUGUCUUGUCAUUUGAUCCAGCAAUACCACUACUGAGAUUGUAUCCCAAAGAGAUUAUAUUAAAUGGGAAAAGUCCUGUUGGUACACAAAUAUUUAUAGCUGUGCUUUUUGUGGUGGCAAAAAAAAAUGGAAAAUGAGAGGAUGUCCAUCGAUUAGAGAAUGGCUGAACAAACUGUGCUAUGUGAUGCUGAUGGAAUACUAUUGUGCAGUAAGGAAUGAUGAACUGGAGGGAUUCCAUGUGAACUGGAACAACCUCCAGUAAUUGAUGCAGAGUGAAAGGAACAGAACGGGGAGAACAUUGUACACAGAGACGGAUACAUUGUAGCACAAUCAAAUGUAACUGACUUUUCUACUAACAGCAAUGCAAUGACCCAGGUCAAUUCUGAGGGACUUCUGAAAAAGAAAACUCUCCACAUCCAGAGAAAGAACUGUGGGAGCAGAAAUGCAAAAGCAAAA